GAAACGAAAAGCAGAGACCCCCUCCAUACGGAGCCCCAGUCGUUCAUUAAUCCGCUCUAGUCACAAUGGAGCUGCAGGAGCGGCCGCCGCCGUGUCAUGCUGUGUGCACGUCACACACACUCGCGACGCUCUUCUCGGUGACAACGUACGUAAUACUUCCCGCCGUAGUCGUGACGCUCGUGGAGGUGGGGGACGCCUACCUUCUCCUCUUCCUGGGACAGCUGCUGUUAGCCGUCGGUGCUGUCGAGUGGAGUUGGCUGGCCUUCCGCAUCCGUCAGCGGCUUCUGUUAGCCGUAAAUCUCCACGAGGAUGCAUCUACAACGACAGAAUCGAUCGCAUUCGUAGUAACACAAGACACAGGAGAACAGACACAACAGACAGAAGACGAAGAGGCCAGGAGACUGCGCGCACUGGAGGACCAGCCGUUGAGGAGACAGGAUCCCAGAGAGAACUACACGCGUAUGCUGAGCGAAGCCAUGCGCGCCAGGAGCUUCGCUAUCGCGCCACUAGCGGACAGGAUAUGUAGCGGACGCUGGUACCUCGCCGCCUUUUUCUUGGCUACUCUAGGCGCCGUUAUUAGCGUCCUUCUGGCCUACGCAGUGGAAAGCACGGUAUUUGACAGCAACAACCCUGCUUCGGGUUGGAGAAUGAUGGUCGGCGCGUCCGUGGAAGCCGCGUUCGUGUCUAUCUUCUGCAGUUCAUUGGCACCUUCAGGGGCGGACGCCGUCGUGCUUGUCGUGUACCAGGCCUGCGUUCUUGUGGCUAGUAUGAACGCAUACUUAAAGUUACAGGUAGAUGUCAUCGCCUCCGACGCUCAGGUGGACCCGCUGUUCAUUAUUUUGGCCGGCGCUAUCAUCAUCAUCGUGUUCCGUGUCGUGACGAGCAAAGUCGUCAUGCAGAGCCUGUUGCUGGUGCUGUGUGACGUGCUUGGUCUUGUGUGUAUUGUGUCGCCGCUCAUCGCCUUUGCGGACCUGAUUGACCAGACAAUGAACCAGUCGUUUAGGAAUCAACUGGCGCUUUUCGUGCUCGUGGUAUUAGCUGCAGACGUGGGGGAUUGUCUCGCCAAGGAGUUGCAGCUGCAUUGGCCACGGGUUUUCAAGUGGUGUCGGCACCCGGUGCUCAAGUCUGAAGCUACUACGAAAGAUGUGGAAGCGCUGGCGAUUUCGUUGAUGUGUGGUGCUAUUAUCAUUGCGGCUGUCCGUUUGGGCUCUGGUGGAUCAGAUUUCAACGCCGUGGAAGUGGUUGUGUUGUUCUGUGCCAUCGCAUUGGGACAGUGGUGUAGACUGUGGAUGGCACAUGUUCGACAAAUGGCUAAAGUGUCUACCUCCGCGUUUUAUUUUCCAGAGGGAAGCCGAACGUGCGGUGUGCUUGAUCGAAUGGCGGUUUUUCUUGUGGCUAUCAUUGUCUACUACCCGUACAUCAAGCAAAAGUACUUUGCAUAGGAUUGGUGACGGGUGAAACGUUUAGUUGAUAGCUCAAUUAGAGGCGGCGAUCGACAGUGCAAGCUCGUGGACCAGUGGCAUUCCGGUUGUGGAAAUUGUUAUUCUUGCCACAAACCACUAUUAGCGUCAUUUAUUUAUUUAUUGGGGCGAUGUGAGCAAGAAAAACGGUGCCAGCCCCGCGUUCAAGGCAAGACAUUAUUCACGACGAGUAAUUUGCAACACGUUCAAAGAUAGACAGAGCAAAAGAGGGCUAGACGGGAGAUUGAACGUUACAUGUAAUACUCGGCUUGUGGACAGCAACGAAUGAUGGAUCUGAGGUAGUUUUAAAUGCAAAAAUGUUGUGAUAAGUGUGCUCGAAUUCGAAAAUGCACGACGUUAAAUACUUGCUUCGGAAAUCCACACUGGGGUAAAUUACUACGCAAACAAAUAAAAGGCUUACUAACGUUAUUACGAGUAAAAA